AUGAUUUCGGUGAUGCAGAUGAUGAACAACGGUCCGAACAACAGCGGCUUCAAUCUGAACCCGGGAAGCGGACGAAGUCUACCGACUGGCGCCUUCUGGCCACAACAUCCACAAACCCAACCGACCAGUGAUGCACAGUCAGAACGAAGUAACAGUGAAGCAUCGCCGCCUGUUGUGCCAACCAGCACGACCGUAAAUCACAUGGCCCACAACUACACACCUGGUUAUCCGGAAUGGCAAGCUGCACAGAAAGCAUUUGCUGCCGCUCAAAGUGUUAAUGGUGCAGCCGCCGGUGCGAAAUUCCCACCAGGACCUAGUGGAUUCGACAUGAUGUCAGCGGCAGUGAAUCCGAUGUGUCCGCCCGAAUUCUAUCAUCCCGGUAUUACGUGGCCCGGUUACCAAUAUGGCCAGCAAUAUCCGUUCGCCACUGGACCUUAUGCACAGCACAUGAUGGACAUUCCUGGCCUUACAGGAAAGCCGAACAUAGAACUACAUACGGUAAGUGUGACCAGUGGUUCACCUCUUUGA